AUGUUCAUUCCAUUGAAGCAUCUGUUGAAUAUUUUCAACGAUUAUGAGUGUGUCUCCUACGGUAAACAUUCCAUUCGUUUGGUGCGAGCUGGAAACGAUAAUAACUGCUUCAAAAUCACCGAAACUGCUGUCGGCACAGCUGUUGUACCCACAAAAGUACAAUUGGAAAUCGAAAACGUGGAACUCAAAGUGAAAAGACUAUUUCCAAACGAUCAGAUUAAAUUGCAACUUUUGAAGGCAAUCAAAGCUGACACUCCCAUCCUGAUACCCUUCAGAAAAUGGGAAUUACAUAUGUUGCCUUCUCUCACGACAGGCGCCACCAAUGAAAUAUGGGCCGUCAAAACGUCUUCGUUUCUCGAAAGCCCUCGCUAUGUCAUCGUUUGCUUCCAAACGGAUCACGAUCUGACUAAAGUUAAUACUGAUCCUACAAUUUUCAAUCAUGCCAACAUAACGAAUAUCACAUUAACUCUCAACGGAGAAAGUUAUCCAAAGGAGAAGAUGCAAUUGGCCUUCGAUAAAGGAGCUUUUCCACAGGCGUACUUCAACUAUACACAAUUCGGAUACAGCUAUAAAAACACCUCCCUACACACUCCGCUCCUGGGUUACCCCGAAUUCGCCAAUAAACAGCCUCUUUUCGUUAUCGAUUGUUCGCGACGAGACGAAAGUGUCAAAAGUUCCACUGUUGAUGUCAAACUUGAAAUCGAAGCAUCCCAAGGAUUUCCCGCCAACACUCGAGCCUAUUGCAUCAUCGUUCACGAUAACAUCAUUGAGCACCUCCCACUCAGUGAAAUUAUCAAGAAGUGGAAUUGA